UAUGCAGCGUGUGUAUUAUUUGUUGUGUGCCGCGUUUUUCGUGUUUAUUUCCAGUGAAACAAUUGCCGCACAGCAACAACAAUCUCAACCAACAGAUCGACUGGAAUCGAUAGAGUCACGCAUCAUCAAUGGCACCGUUGCCCGUGUGGAUGAGACAAAGCAUUUGGUCUCCAUACGUCUGAGGAAAUACGACAGGAACUUUGGCAGCGGACACAUUUGCGGCGGUUCGCUGAUUGCUCCCAACAAGGUGCUGACUGCAGCCCAUUGUCUCUACAACACGGUGCGUAAACGUUACCGCAAACCGAGUGAGUUUGUUGUCGUGCUGGGAACGUUGAAUCGCUACGAACGCAACAACGCCACGAUUGUGUCCGACGUUAGUUCGAUGGCCUACAUGAACAGCUUUAGUCCGGACAGCAUGCGGGACGAUGUGGGCAUCAUGUUUCUGAAGUCGGGUCUGGCGAGGAAUGCACAGAACAACAGUCAAGCCACCAUUUCACCCAUUGAGCUGGCCACUCGUCAGACGCCUGUGGGCGCCACUUGCCUCGUGGCAGGCUGGGGACGCACCGAGGAGAACUCACUUUCGAAUGUACUUUUGAUGGCGAAUGUGAGCACGAUACGACAUCAGACGUGUGGCAGCAUCUAUGGCAACGGACUGCUUCCGGGCAUGCUGUGCGCUGGCCGCCUUCAGGGUGGUACCGACUCCUGUCAGGGCGACUCGGGUGGUCCGCUGGUCCACGAGGGUCGCAUCAUUGGUGUCGUCUCCUGGGGCUUUGGUUGCGCCGAGCCCGGACUGCCCGGCGUCUACACCGAUGUCCACUACUAUCGCCAAUGGAUCGAGGAGCGCAGCGGCAGCAGCAGGACACGUCUGUGGUCUUGGCACUGGCUGGGAUUGGCGCUGAGACUUGCAUAUCGAAUGUGUGAAUAAAUAGAACCUAAGCGAAAGUACAAUGGGAGUUGAGGGU